AUGUUAUUACAAGACUUCAUGGAUCUAUUCCUUCAAAAUGUUAUUACAAGACUUCGUGGAUCUAUUGCUGAUUCAUUAUUAAAAAAUGUUAUCAUUGUAUUUACAAAUUGUUCAGCUCAUACAAACCUUGUUUUAAAAUCUUUAGAAUAA